UAACGGCGACGUCAGGACGGGUGGAAGCUAAUUAUUCGACUGCUCUGCACCGUUCACGCCCGCGUGCACUCCACCUUGAUUUGCUGUGCUGUAGUGGUGCCGGAGUCGAAGCAACAAUGAUGUGCCCUUUCAUCCACUCCAUCUUGGUGGCUCAUAGUUCGAUGGAGUCUAGGGGCCAGGACUUUCAGCUGUGGAGAGAUUAUAUGGGACUAGCGGACACUGUGCGAGCGAUGCGGCUCUCCCACGAGGAAACUCCAGCGCUCCCCCGGGACGCCCAGAGUUACUCCGAGUCUGACUCGAGUGAGACAUCUCGGCGCUCCACGUCUGAACGUCGGCACCGCAGUGACUGCGAGGCCACGAACCCCGGCAGCAUCGGGUUUAAGGAGUUCCCGAAGUUUCCCUGUUUCGCGCAGGCCAGGCCAAGUUCGAUGGAGCUAAGGAGAUUCGGCCAUCACGUGAGUACACCGAGCGGCAGUUAUAAGUCGGAGAGGAAGCUUUGCGGCUUCUGCAAACACAACGGCGAGUCCGCGACUAUUUUUACCUCGCACUACCUGAAGGAUCGCGCGGGCGAGGUGCUCUGCCCCUACCUUCGCCGGUACGUGUGUCCCCAGUGUGGAGCGACGGGUGGCCAGGCGCACACCAAGCGUUUCUGCCCGUUUGUGGAUAGUACGUACAGCUGCGUGUACCUGAGAUCUCCCCGCUAACCGCGUGGACAUGACGGAUGGAUAACUUGGCACUAUAAUUCAGGUGGCUAGAAAGGGGGAUAACAAGGUUGUAUGCAUGUAUAUAAUCAAUCUUCCAAACCUUUCAUUUGCUAAUAGUACUUUUAAUGUUUGCUUUCAAUGUUUGCUUGCGUUCCAAUGUUUGAAGUGUAUUUAAGUUUUGUUUUGCGGUGAUAAGUGUUUAAGAUUUAGAUUUGAGUUUUCACCCUUUCUCUUAAUGUUUUGUGUGUUCUUUUUAAAAAAAAAUAUGAUUGUAUUUGAUAAUUUUAAACCGACUGUGUGUAUUCUGAUCUAAAUGAUGAUCGUUGCAUGCUCUUGUUUUAAAAUGUUUUUUGAAAGGUU